CUUCUCAAAGUUCCUUUGAUCCCCGCUGGUUUCUUCAAAAUUAACACACCACUGACUGUCGAAAUCACUGUGGCAAAUGACUUCACCAUAGGAACGACGGUUGAUAGCGACAUCAGCUUUGGUGUGUCAGACGGUACCAGAUUUAUCGGGUUUGAUACUUGCGAUAAGGGCAAUUACGGCACUAACGCUCCCUGCUAUAAGAUGGAAGGGCUUUCUGGUACAACUAUUUCCUCCAAAAAGGUUGGCCCGUACACAACAAAACCCAGCCAAAAUUUCUAUCCCGGUCAGUUCUUGUUCACUAUCAAGUUGAAUGAACGCUGGGGUGCGUGCUAUACUGCGCAUGACGGAGGCUUUGUAACGACUGCUGCUUAUAGCAACCGGUUGAUGAUCAGCAAAGGACUAACUCUGGAAAUCUACCAAGAAGACAAAUCAGACAAGGUUGGAAUCAGAUUCAUUAAAGUCUCCAUCAAGGAAGAUGAUGUUUAA